UCUAACGCGUAAGGACAUCAUCAGCGGCCAAAGUCAAUCGAGGGAUAGAUGAAGAAGAAGAGCGCAUCAUAAAAAUAGACAAAGUUAUCUUUCAGUACAGAGCCUACAAUUAAUUUUUAAAAGAGAAAUUGUCAAUGCAAAGGAUUUACAACAUUUGAAUAGCGCAGUGGAUCAACGUUUUGGUGAAGAUGAUAAUACGCCUGUGUUAUGGCAGGCGUGUGCAGACUUCCUUGAAACUAAUUGCCUGUGUCUUAACGGCAAUAUUUUAUUUUGGUUUUCUUUUUCGUGAGUCCAUGAAUGCAUUCGAACAGAACAAGGAUAAAGCUGAAGCAGCAGCAGUAGCCGCAGGUCUAAUACAAUCACCCUCCAAAGGAGAGAUCAAAAAUGUGCCCUCCCUAUAUAAACGUCUUCAGAAAGAUAGUGCAGUCGAAAAAACCAAUCAGCAACAAUUGUCUUCGGCUUCUUCAACUGGCAACUCUGGUUCAUCCGCGUCUUCACUAUGGCCUCACUCCAGCACUUUAAAUCCUGUCUAUGAGUAUUCUGAGGAAAUCCAUAGUGCCACAGAAAAUGAUUUGAAACAAAGACGCCAACAUUUGCAGCAGACAUGUGAGAAAUAUAAUUUAUAUUCAUUUUACCCACCGAUGCCAAAAGAAUUCUUCAUAUCCCCGGGCCACAAUUUGGUGUGGUGCAAUGUCUUCAAGGCAGCCAGCAGUACAUGGAUGUAUUACUUCAAUAUACUGGGUGGAUAUGAUGCCAGAUAUCUGCAAAAGAUCGAAACACCACCCAUAGAGCUGGCCCGCCAACGUUUCCCCAGACCUUAUCUGCAGGAUUUACUGGAUAGCCUGCCUUCGUCAUUGUCUUUUCUUUUUGCCCGCGAUCCCUUUGAACGCAUAGUCUCCGGCUAUCGCAAUAAAUUGGAAGGUGGCAAAAACACCUACUACAAAUGGCUGGCCAAUCGCAUCAUCAAGAGAUUCCGUCAAUAUCCGGGCACAGCUGGCAAACCCAAAGGCCCCACCUUUAAUGAAUUUGUCCUCUAUCUAAUCGAACAACAUGGCAAUCAGAAGGUGUUCAAUGAGCAUUGGGCACCGAUAUAUAAUUUUUGUACACCCUGCAGCAUCAACUUUACCAUCAUUGGCAAGGUGGAGACCUUUAACAGAGAUUCCGAGUAUAUCAUAAGGCAAGCGGGUUUGGAAUCCCUGCUUUUGGGAAAAUUGCCAAAGAAUGCUUUGAGGCGUAUAGGCAAUUUGUCCAAGGGAGGAAAAACCUUGACUUCUUUGGAAAAAUAUUUUUCGGAAAUUAAACGCUCAACUUUAGACCAACUUAUUGAUAUUUACAAAUUAGAUUUUGAGUUAUUCGACUAUGAUUACACCAAAUAUUAUGGCUAUGUCAUUCCCGAUGAUAUGGAAACGGAAAUGGCUGAUACAGCUGUUUUUACCCCUGGGACCCAUUAGAAGCAACCUUUAGAACCAAAUCAACAACAACAACAACAAAAAGAAUGCAACAAAAACCACAACCAAUUCUCUUCAGGUUUGUUUUUUUUUUGCAAAAAAGCCAAACAAAAAAACACUUUUUUUAUUCUUCAAAACCAAAAAAAGAAAAACCACCCACAACUCCCACCCAAGUACCUCUUUACAAAUUUUUGAAAGUACCAAAGCAAUCUACACUACGUUUUACGAUAUAUAUACAUACCUAUAUAUAUAUAUGAAGGAGAAAUUCUUCAUACCAAAAAAAAACCCCUAAAACAAAGCCAAAGAAAUCCAAAAACGUUUUCCAAAAGAAAAAUUGUAAAAAAAUUUAAUUAAGAUGACGAAUACAAAUUUAAACCAAACCAAAACAAAAAAGGCCAAAGACUAAACUUAGUUAGAAUAUGUGACGUAAUUUCGAAUUAUAUACUCUUACAUAUAUAAAACAUAUAUAUUAUUGUAUUGUACUGACUUUAUUUAGACCACUCGUACUAAAAAAAUAUAAAAAAAAACUCAAAUUUUUCCUUUCAAAAAAAAAAACUUUGGUAAUAUGUUACAUUAUUUUAUUUUUCAAGACUUAAGUAUUCUUUAAAAAAUGCUUAAACCAUAUAUGAUCACUUUAAAAGCAAGAGGGUGAUAGAAUUUUUAUUAAUAUCCUACAAAGCAUGAAAUUUUAAUUAUUUACAAAUUUUCUAAACAUGGUGACGCCGAGUAUUAUCCACCAUGGGUCGCAUGUGUCAAGAUCUUUGCACAGUUUCUCUUUAUAAAUUGAAAUUUAGGCUACCUAUAUCGUCAACAAGUAACAGGUAGCUGUGCAAAGUUUCAAGAGCCCAGUUUUUAUUCGACCGACAUCGAGAUUUUGCAGACGGACGGACGCACAUGGCUAUAAAUGGUGAUAAAAAUGAGGAAUUGCACAGAGAGACAUUGUUGAAAUGGACAAAAUAUUCGUAUUAGCAAAAAAUUACGGGGUGGGCCAGAGAUACUUUUGACAGUCAAUAAAAACAAAAGUCCUUCAGUUAUUGUUUUAAUUCUUUUUUAUUUGAGAAUACAAUAUCCUAAUUUUUUUUUAUGCAGUCUUGAAAUUGACACCGGGUAAAUGGCGACCCCCAUUGCUCAUACACUGAUUAAGUAGAGUUUUGAAAUUCGUGUCUACUUUUUGCAACAUAGCAAUCGGUAUGUUAACGGUCGGGGAAAGAACCUCUCGAUGGCGAAGUCCUGCUGCUCCCAAGAACAGAGCAUAAUGGCCACCGACUGGAGAAACAAACUUGGGGACUUCCCCUUUCAGAUGCGUCCCCUCUCGGCCCCUUCACCACCCAACUCACCAACUCGAGAGUUUUUUCAAAUAAGUACAUUUCUCUGGCGCACCCUGUACAGUUUGAACUAUGAUAUGAACAAAACAAAAUGGUAUCGUCAAUAAACGCAACUAAGGUAACAUUCAACUCCAAUAACGCAUACGUCUUGUACAAAAACACAAACGAUUUUGUGAUAGUGCUGAUCUGUAUGUGUAUGUACCGCUUUGAGGCAAACGAUGUAUAUGUAUAUGUACAAACUACAACCGCAAAUAUUUAUGCUCAUGUCUCUCUUUAAUAUGCGGUGAUAUGGUGAGUGUUUCAUGCGGUGUUUAUAGAUAGAUACUAACACCGUAUUUUUAUGAAACGAAAUUAAGUAUUAGCAAUAUUCAAAUAUAUUUUUCGAAAAAUAAGUGGUCUUUCUCAUCGUUGCAAAAGCAACAUUGUAAUUAUAAUUCAAGUCAAUGUGUUGUGUCGAUGCGGUGUUUCCAUUUUCGUCUUACAUUCACUCAUACCACUGAUAUGGGCAAAGUCGAUGUUAAAAGCGGUGUUACGCAAAGCAUGAAAAAGAAUGUACGAGUAUUCAUACGAUCGCCACUCACAUCAAUGUGCUGAGCAUAAUACCGCAUCAAUAGCGGUGGUGAUAGAUACUAACACCGCAUUUUUAUGAAUAUACCGCAAAUUAAAAAAAAAAAAAAUAAAUAAUAAUAAUAAAAAGAAACCACCGCAAAACAGCCCAAAAAGGUUAUAAUAUCAAAAGCCCAAAAAUUUUUGAAAAAUAUUUCUCGAUGGAAAAAUGUUUUGCAUCUUCGUUAUAAGAAAAAAUAUUAAAAGUUCAGUAUGCUGACUUUGAGUAUGAUGAUGAUGAAGUGGUCUCAGAGACACUGAUGUUGCAGAAAAAGGCAGUCACACCAAAGACCCAAACACAAAAAUCACUAAUUUUUUUCAACAGACCAAAUGUUAAUCAAACAAAAUGAGUAUUUGAAAAAGAUGUUAUCUAACUUUAACAAGCAGACUUCAUAACGACCGCAGAAUCAUUGAUGAUGAAAAUAUUUGAAAUUAAGCGGACACACAGAUUGGCAUGGAAUAAACUCAAAAAAUAUAUUUGGAGCAAAACCGCAGUAACCCUAGCAGCCAAACAAAUAAAUACCGCAGUGCAGAACAAUGAUAUCAGAAGUUGUUGUUAUGACUAUCAGUUUUCAUAAAAAUUUCUCAACAAAGAGGUGUCGCACUGCGGCACGCCGUUCGGACUCGUCUAUAAAAAGGAGGCCCCUUAUCAUUGAGCUUAAACUUGAAUCGGACAGCACUCAUUGAUAUGUGAGAAGUUUGCCCCUGUUCCCUAAUGGAAUGUUCAUGGGCAAAAUUUGUAUUUAUUGUAAACCACCAUGUUUUUACAAAAAUUAUUUUGGGAACCAACAACUUUAGUCGAAAAAAGAACGACAAAAUUUGUUAAUUUUCCUGCAACAAUUUAUUUUGAAUCUCAAAGGCGCAAAAUAAAAAAUUGCUAUUGAAAGGCACUCUGUGCAACAGCAACAACAAUACUAUUUAUGCAGCAAAACAAAACCAUUAAACACCACAGCGCGCGCAUAUGCUUCAAAGCUUGGUUUGCAAAUAAUUAAUGGCAUGGGAGUUUAGGGUGCUACACGGUAGUACGCGUAUUUUAACAACUAACUCAAUAAAAUAAUUUGUUGAAAAUUCACAAAAUUCACAAAUUCAACUAUUUUGUGGGUCAAGUCUUUACAAACCUACUUCAAAAUUUAUGUUUUCAAUUCAAUGCAAAAACUUUGUUGAGGAUAAAUUGUUUUACAUUAUAUGUGGUAGUUGGUUCUUUCUUAGAACUAUUUUUUUUCUGUGUAGGUUUAUCGGCAUAAAUGUAUUUUUUUAAUAUAGAAACCAUCAAAUGCUACAAGAAACACAAACUGAGUUCGAAAAUCUCAUUUUCAAGAAUUUUCAGAAAAUUGCUGACUUUCGACAAGGCUAUUUUCCCCCAAAACAUGACCUUAUAAGACUUUUUACUAGUUUUCUUACCUUUUUUAACUUUUAACUUUUUUAACUAGUUUCAUUCACUUUAUGUCAAUCCAAACUGCAUUGGGAUACUUAUUCCAUAACUUAAGCUAAAAUUUUUCUCAGAGAGUUCUAUUCUUGGGUAUUUUACUUUUUUAAAGUCCAUUUAUGAGCGUUUAUGGGUUGAAGCAUUUGACACAAUGUUGAUAUCCUAACUUCAAACUUGGCCAUAGAUCAGCAAUGCCCAAAAUGAAAAUUUGACUUUAUGUGACUCAUUAAGUAAUUUUAAUUCUUGGUAGUCUACCACGCAUCCUCCAGCCUACCGACAUGACUUUGUUAAUGAUGGAAUAACGCAAUAAGCAUUACUGUACUGCAGUAUUUUUCUCAAUUAAAUUACGAUAUAUGUA